AUGGCCCCCAUCGCAGUAGACGCUCCGCCCGCUCAGUCUUCCACGGAGGACAUCCAGUCCCUCAAGGCCCGCCUCCAGGCCUCCAAAGCUGACAUUACCCUUCCCCCAGACAAUGCCCUCAAGCGAUACCUCAAGGCAGGCAUCGACCUCUCUAACGGCUACCCUUACUUCCCUCCCAAGCCCGAGUUUGUCCAGGAUGUCCACCAGAUCCAAGACGGCUUGCGAGAUUAUGUCGACCCCGGCACAAGGGCUGACCCCGAGAAGAAGGCUCUCUUUGGCGCUGCCAAGGAAGUCAGGAAUCUCGGUACUUGGAUCGGAACUGAAAUCGUUGGACUUCAGCUGAAGGAUCUUACCGACAAGCAGAAGGACGAGCUUGCCCUUCUUGUCGCCGAGCGAUCAGUCGUCUUCUUCCGAGACCAAGACAUCUCUCCUCAAGAACAAGCAGCCCUCGGUUUAUACCUUGGUGACGGAGAGAUUGAGCGCCACCCCCAAGCCGCCCAAGUCCCCGGCCUCGACUCUGGUGUCUCUCUUAUCUGGGAAAAAGCCUUCAAGAACUUUGCGGCUGGUAGGAGCCACCGUGUGCCGUACGGCGGAGGACAGUUCGGGUGGCAUACCGAUCUCGUUCACCUGCCAUUCCCUCCUGGAUACACUCACCUCCAUCAAGACACUGUGCCCGAAGUGGGAGGUGACACCCUCUGGGCGUCCGGCUACGCCGCCUACGACAAGCUUUCUCCAACCUUUAAGAAGCUCAUCGACGGUCUCAACGGCGUCUAUCGUUCCGCCCACAAGUAUAAGGACGCCAACGACCCCGAGGGCGACGCCAAAUACGUCACCCGCGUCCACCCUCUCGUCCGUACCCACCCCGUCACCGGAUGGAAAGCCCUCUGGGGUGCGUCCUUUCUAUCUUCUCUUCUUGAGCAUACACCUAACAUGGGCGAUAGUCAACCGAGCGAUGACAGCAGGUAUCGAAGGUCUCGACAAACCCGAGUCUGACACCAUCCUCGAUUACCUCUACGGAGUGUAUGAGAGGUCGACCGAUAUCCAAGUCAGGUGGCACUGGACUCCGGGAACGAGUGCUAUCUGGGACAACAGGGCGACGAUCCAUACGGUGUCUUAUGACUAUGAUGGUGAACGCCACGGCACUCGAGUCUCUUCUCUUGCAGAGUAAGUCUGCCUCCAAUAUGGACACUACGUGUGUGCUUACAUGGGAUACAGGAAACCAUACUACGACCCCAAGUCUACCUCCAAGGCCGAAGCUCUCCAGCUCCCUCGUUGGGUCAACACCCCCGACCUCAACGCUGGGUACUGAGCGUUCAUGUUGCCUUUGGCGGCGGCUUGUGUAAGGAACCGUAUCUUGAAAUGGAAGAGUAUUUGCCGGCUUUGUGGCGUGGAUCAAGGAAUCUUUUUGGUCUUGGUUGUAUCUGUUAUAGCCAUUUACUGGAAUACAAAGGGUGUGGACUAUGAACAACGUUGAAUCGGCGGUGCCCUGUAGUGUUGGCUGUCCUGAAGAUGAGCUCCUGAUAUGUGUGUGGGGGUGAUAA